AUGGCCGGGAGCUGGGCCACUGUCCGCACGUGGCUGGGCUGCCCCGGGCUGCUGGGCUGCUUCUUGCUGGGCUUUCUCAUGGGAUGGUUUACAAAACCAAAUGAAAGCCCCCCCAGCACUUCAGACAUCUAUGAAAAUGUGAGACAGAAACUUGUGGAUGAAAUGAAAGCUGAAAACAUCAAGCAAUUCCUUCGCUCCUUUACCAAGUUGCCUCACCUCGCAGGAACUGAACAGAAUCUUCUUCUUGCUAAACAAAUUCAAGGCCAGUGGAAGGAAUUUGGAUUGGAUUCAGCAGAACUUGUUCAUUAUGAUGUGCUUCUUUCCUACCCAAAUGAAACACAGCCAAACUACAUCUCAGUAAUUGAUGAUCAAGGCAAUGAGAUUUUCAAUACAUCAUCAUUUGAACCACCUCCUCGGGGAUAUGAAAAUGUUACUGAUAUACUGCCACCAUAUAAUGCUUUUUCACCACAAGGGAUGCCAGAGUCAGAUCUGGUAUAUGUGAAUUAUGGCCGCACUGAAGAUUUUUUUAAGCUGGAGCGUGAAAUGGGAAUUAACUGUACAGGAAAGAUCGUCAUUGCCAGAUAUGGGAAGAUCUUCAGAGGAAACAAAGUUAAAAAUGCCAUAUUAGCAGGAGCCCAAGGGAUCAUACUUUAUUCAGACCCUGCUGACUACUGUGCCCCAGGAGUAGAUCCCUAUCCAGAUGGCUGGAAUCUUCCAGGUGGCGGAGCCCAGCGUGGGAAUGUGUUAAACCUGAAUGGAGCUGGGGACCCUCUGACACCAGGCUAUCCUGCAAAAGAGUACACUUUCCGAUACAAAGUUAAUGAAGGUGUAGGGAUUCCAAAGAUCCCAGUUCAUCCCAUUGGAUAUCAUGAUGCAGAAGUGUUACUACGUGCAAUGGGAGGACCUGCAGCUCCAGACAGCAGCUGGAAGGGAAGUCUCAAUGUGUCUUAUAACAUAGGGCCAGGAUUUGCAGACAGCUCUUCAACAAGAAAAGUCAGAAUGCAUGUUCAUACAAACAGUAAAAUAACACGAAUUUACAAUGUCAUCGGUGUCCUCAGAGGAGCAGUGGAACCAGAUAGAUAUAUUAUUUUUGGAGGUCAUAGAGACUCCUGGGUGUUUGGUGGUAUUGAUCCAACUACAGGCGCAGCUGUUCUUCAAGAGGUUGUUCAGAGUUUUGGUAAAAUGAAGAUGGAAGGUUGGAGACCCAAACGAACUAUUAUUUUUGCUAGUUGGGAUGCAGAAGAAUUUGGAUUGUUGGGUUCCACAGAAUGGGCUGAGGAAAAUGCCAGAGUCCUCCAGGAACGGGCAGUUGCUUACAUCAACACAGAUUCUUCUAUAGAAGGCAACUACACAUUAAGAGUUGACUGCACCCCUCUUCUCUACAGACUGGUGUAUAAUCUAACAAAAGAGAUUUCAAGCCCUGAUGAGGGUUAUGAAAAGAAGUCUCUCUAUGAGAGUUGGCUUGAGAAAGACCCUGCACCUGAAAAUAAUAGUUAUCCCAGAAUAAACAAACUGGGAUCAGGCAGUGAUUUCGAAGCUUACUUCCAGCGACUGGGAAUUGCAUCGGGCAGAGUGCGUUACACCAAGAAUAGGAAAGCAGACAAAUUCAGCAAUUAUCCUGUUUAUCACACUGUGUAUGAGACCUUUGAGUUAGUGGAAAAAUUUUAUGACCCCACCUUCAAGAAACAGCUAGCAAUUGCCAAGUUACGAGGCAAACUGGUUUAUGAACUUGCAGAUUCCCAGAUCAUUCCAUUCGACUGUAGAGAUUACGGAGAAGCCUUAAAAGGAUAUAGCAAUAGAAUUUAUAAACUGGCCAAGAAACAUGAAGAACAGCUGAAAACUUACAAAGUGUCAUUUGAUCCUCUUUUUUCUGCUGUGGUGAACUUCUCAGAGGCUGCUGCUGAAUUUCACAGGAGACUUGAAAAAGUUGACAAGAAGGAUCCAGUUGCAGUGCGAAUCAUGAAUGAUCAGCUGAUGUUUAUAGAAAGAGCUUUCAUUGAUCCUCUUGGCUUACCAGGAAGGAAGUUUUACAGACAUGUCAUCUUUGCUCCAAGCAGUCACAACAAGUACGCUGGCGAGUCCUUCCCGGGGAUCUAUGAUGCCAUGUUUGAUAUUGAAAGCAAAGCAGAUCAGCAGGAAGCCUGGGAAGAAGUGAAGAGGCAGAUUUCCAUUGCAGCCUUCACUGUGCAGGCAGCAGCAGGGACACUGAAGGAAGUAGCAUAGGACGAUGGCUUCGAAAAGCUGAAAUAGCAAAGUCUGAAUGCCCUGCAGUCAGGCUGCAGCGACCCAGGCUCUGCGAACUGCCUGCUGUACCUGAGCUCCUGUGGCACAGAUGCACUGGUAGGGGGAGCAGGAGCUCUGUGCUUCAGCAACUCCGCAGCUAGAAAUUACUGCUUCUCUGAUACUGGCAAAACUGUAACUUUAAGAACAACCCUGGAUGGAAGACAAUCUGGGGGACAAGCAGGUGGGGAGAAGGAAGAUUCAAUUCCCAAUCAGAUUUUUUUUCUGAAAGAUCUGACAAUUUUGAGGCCCCACAUCUUUUGGAUGUACAAUCCAGUUAUUUGCAAAACUGUCAGCAAAUCUUGCCUGUAGCACUGAACAACACCACACAUUUCAGCAAAAAAAAAACACAAAUGAAGCAGUCCUCAGCACAUACAUUUAUCUUGCUCUACUAAUUGUGUUUA